GGAGCUGCGGUUCCCGUGCCCGCCGCGCUGCGCCCCCGCGCGCGGUGCUCGCCGCGCUGGGGGGUGCGGGAGGCAGCGCUGCUGGGCGAUCGCGGGCCAGGGUGCGGCCCCCGCUGUCCGCGUCCCGCCGCCGGACGCCUGGGGACCGCGGGGGACUCUUAUUCUGACACGGCGGGCGCCGGCUCUGCUUAGUCACGGUGACCUGCGCGCGCUCCGCGCCUCCCCCCUGCGCGCAGCGAUGGAGGCGCCCGGGCCGGGGCGACGGAGGCGGAGCCCGAGCGCGGCCAUGGCGGGGUCCUUUAGUGCCAGCGGCAGUGUCGUACCUGGUCCCCCGGAACCCCAUGCAGGCAAAAGCCAGGCCUAGCGGGGCUGGGGCCCGCACCCGAUUCCUGCCGCUGACGUCGCAGUGCCCCAGGGGGGCCGGGGACGCGGUGAUGUUCGCCUCCACCGAGUGCAAGGCCGAGGUGACGCCGUCGCCGCAGGGCAACCGCACCUUCAGCUACACGCUGGAGGACCACACCAAGCAGGCCUUCGGCAUCAUGAACGAGCUGCGCCUCAGCCAGCAGCUGUGCGAUGUCACGCUGCAGGUCAAGUACCAGGACGCGCCCGCCGCGCAGUUCAUGGCGCACAAGGUGGUGCUGGCGUCGUCCAGCCCCGUGUUCAAGGCCAUGUUCACCAAUGGGCUGCGGGAGCAGGGCAUGGAGGUGGUGUCCAUCGAGGGCAUCCACCCCAAGGUCAUGGAGCGCCUCAUCGAGUUCGCCUACACCGCCUCCAUCUCCAUGGGCGAGAAGUGCGUGCUGCACGUCAUGAACGGCGCUGUCAUGUACCAGAUCGACAGCGUGGUGCGCGCCUGCAGCGACUUCCUGGUGCAGCAGCUGGACCCCAGCAACGCCAUCGGCAUCGCCAACUUUGCUGAGCAGAUUGGGUGCGCCGAGCUGCACCAGCGCGCCCGGGAGUAUAUCUACAUGCACUUCGGGGAGGUGGCCAAGCAGGAGGAGUUCUUCAACCUGUCCCACUGCCAGCUGGUGACGCUCAUCAGCAGGGACGACCUGAAUGUCCGCUGCGAGUCCGAGGUGUUCCACGCCUGCAUCAACUGGGUCAAGUACGACUGCGAGCAGCGGCGCUUCUACGUGCAGGCGCUGCUGCGCGCCGUGCGCUGCCACUCACUCACGCCGCACUUCCUGCAGCUGCAGCUGCAGAAGUGCGAGAUCCUGCAGUCGGACUCGCGCUGCAAGGACUACCUGGUGAAGAUCUUCCAGGAGCUCACCCUGCACAAGCCCACGCAGGUGAUGCCCUGCCGCGCGCCCAAGGUGGGCCGCCUCAUCUACACGGCCGGCGGCUACUUCCGCCAGUCGCUCAGCUACCUGGAGGCGUACAACCCGAGCGACGGCUCGUGGCUGCGUCUGGCUGACCUGCAGGUGCCCCGCAGUGGCCUUGCGGGCUGCGUGGUGGGCGGGCUGCUCUACGCCGUGGGCGGCCGCAACAACUCCCCCGACGGCAACACGGACUCCAACGCCCUGGACUGCUACAACCCCAUGACCAACCAGUGGUCGCCCUGCGCCCCCAUGAGCGUGCCGCGCAACCGCAUCGGGGUGGGCGUCAUCGACGGGCACAUCUAUGCCGUGGGCGGUUCGCAUGGCUGCAUCCACCACAACAGCGUCGAGAGGUAUGAGCCCGAGCGUGAUGAGUGGCACCUGGUGGCCCCAAUGCUGACCCGGAGGAUCGGGGUGGGCGUGGCCGUCCUCAACCGGCUGCUGUACGCCAUCGGGGGCUUCGACGGGACGAACCGCCUCAACUCGGCCGAGUGUUACUACCCGGAGCGGAACGAGUGGCGCAUGAUCACGCCCAUGAACAGCAUCCGCAGCGGGGCAGGGGUCUGCGUCCUGCACAACGCCAUUUACGCCGCGGGGGGCUACGACGGGCAGUACCAGCUCAACAGCGUGGAGCGCUACGACGUGGAGACGGAGACGUGGACGUUCGUGGCCCCCAUGAGGCACCGGCGCAGCGCCCUGGGGAUCACCGUGCACCAAGGCAGGAUCUACGUUCUCGGCGGCUACGACGGUCACACGUUCCUGGACAGCGUGGAGUGCUACGACCCGGACACGGACACGUGGGCAGAGGUGACGCGCAUGACUUCGGGCCGCAGCGGGGUGGGCGCCGCGGUGACUAUGGAGCCGUGCCGGAAGCAGAUCGACCAGCAGAGCUGCACAUGCUGAGCCCUUCGUUGGCGUCUCCGGCGGAGAAAACAACCACGGAACGCAGACAAGACGCCCCACCCCGCCGCCCCCUUGUCAGCAAACCGAGGGUCCUGUUGCAGAGUGUUGCUGUACCCCCAAAAGUCAGGGGCGAAAGCCUGUCCUGCCGCCGGGAGGCCGGGACACCACAGUGUUAGGACAGCUGGAGAGAAAAGAAAGGGGGACCCCAGGAGGGGCCCUGACCCCCAUUCCUCCUAUUCUAGCUGCCGCUUCCUCUGGGGUACCAGAGUGCUGUGUUGGGGGGGCAGGCUCAGGCUGGUUGAGCAACUGGUGUCUGUGAUUGGAUCAUGGAGGUUCCCCAGAGGGGUGGCCCCCAGGCUUGGGCCUGUUACCCAGCACCUUGGCUACUUCACCCCAGGACUGACAUUUUGUUAAUAAGUAGCCCUGUAACUUUCCAAUGAAAAUAAAGAACAAACUAACAGUGUC